AUGGACCAUCUAAGCCCAGAGACGGACAACGCCUCGACGACCGUCACACAGCAAGGGGACGGCGAGAUCCCGUCUCUGGUCACUGCAGCACCAUUCACAACAGUGGAAAGGUGGAAACAGCCCAAAGCCCAGCCCCAGGUCUCAGCAUCUCCUGCCGCCCAGCGUCUGGGGGGGCAGGUCAGCACGGGGAACCUCCCCGAGGCCCCCUCCCCCCAGAACAGCCUGCAAGUGUCAGGGAGCGCCCGCCACCCGGGCCGGAGCUGGGGCGCCAGGAAGACGCACGGUGGAGGCCCGGCCUCAGGCCGCCACCCGGAACCCCCGGGGCUCCACGGGCCCAGCCCUCCCUCCCCUCGGGCUGGGACGGUGGCAGUGGUGACGCCACGCCGUGCAGAGCACGGUGCACAGCGUUGCUUUACCGUGAAGGUGAAGCUGCUCGGGGGGAAAUGCGUCCUGUUACACCGAGAGGGGUCCAGUCCUGGUCAGGGCCGGUCUCCAAGCGAGACGUGGAUUGACUGCCACCCCAGGGCAGGCGCUCCGAGGCCCAAGAAAGGUGCCCCAAGCUACCAAGGGUCCCGGCUGGGACUCGAGCCGCAGCCCAGACCGCAGGAGGCCUCACCCCAGGAGCAGACGCAGCCCUUCUGCCCCAGGCUGAUGCCAGCCACAGCCACAGCCUGCCUGGGCUCCGGGCCCUGUUUCCACGGGCUGCCGCCCUGCCCCCGCCCUGCCCCUGGCCCUGCCCCCCCAGCCAGGGCUGCCUCCACGCUCACCCCUGGUCCACCGUCCACUCUCCACCCCAUCUUUGUCCUGCCAGGCCCUGCCUCCUCCAGGAAGCCACUGUCCUCCCUGACUCCGGAACAGGACACCUCGUGUCCUGCCCCCGUCCCCUGGCAGGCGGCAGGGCACAGACACCCCUUCGGUGGCGUGGUCCCGAAGGGCGGCCUUGUCGCAGAACGUCCCAGCAUUCAGAAGUCCCCAUACCUGGGCGGAGGGGUCAGGGGGCCGUCACGCAGGGACGCAGGAGGCCCCGCCGUGACACAGCGCUGUCCCCGGGUGGUGGCCCGGCUGAAUUCCAGCAGGACACCCGCUGCCCAGCUUCCCGGGCCCGCGGACCUCAGGGUCCUCUGGGACCCCAGCCACCCCCCGGGACGGGCUGCCCUCGCCCGGUGGGGCCGGGGCAGGGGUCCCACCUGGAGUGGUGGCCAGGAGCGUGUCACCCGCGGGGAGCAAGGGCGGCGGCCAUCUUCAUCCCCCUCUUCCGCCCGCGCCCAGCCACGUGGCCACAGGAGCCUGGGCAGCCUGGGCCCCGCUGGCCCCGCAGGGCGUGGGCUGGGGUACGGACGGGCCCCCCGGCCAGGGUGGCACCUGGGCCUCCGGCGGAGAGACCGGGCCUGCGGGGCCCGGGAGGGACACGUGCUGCAGCCUCCGUCGCCCUGGGGGGGCUCCCCGCGGCCCCUCUGCCGGCUCAGGGGGAGCCCAGCGCUGAGGACGAGGGACAAAUUUAGCCUCCCCACCCUGGGGCCGGCCAGCUUCCUGGUGGAGGAACUCACGCGGCUACACCAGAGUCGCCCGAGCGUGGCCGAGCGCCCCAGUGGCCCAGCAGGGCAGGCACCGGCGCGGAGGCGCACAGAGAGCCGCGGCGCGUUCCAAGUGAGCGCCGAGGGUGGCCAGGAGCGGGCAGAGGAGUGGACAGCAGCCCGGCGCACCCUGGACCCUCCGCCUCACUGCCCACCUCCACCCCCGCCUCCACAGGCACCUGGAAUCCGGCCUCCCACCCGCAAGGCCACCCCAGUCCCAGACCUCCUCACCCCCCCCACCCCAUCCCCCCUCCCCUCUUGGGGUCCUACCUCCACACGCCACGUGCCACGCUCGGUCCUCCAGAAUCUUCUCUCCCCCGCCAAGCACCUGUGCUCCUUCAACCACGCCCUGCACGGCCAUUCCCAAACCUUCCGCCCCACCUGCCCACCUCGUCCGGGCUCCUCCACGUUCCUUGAAGGGAACCCCCCCAGCCGCGUCCCCGCCCUGCGCAGACUCCUGCCUCCCACCCUGGGCCCAGGACGCGCUAAUUUCCUGAACCCUCUCAGCUCCCCGCCCCCGCCCCCAGCCAUCCGGGCCAUGAUUUUUUUCGAGAGCUCCAUUUGA